AUGGCCACCUGCAGCCGCCAGUUCACCUCCUCUAGCUCCAUGAAGGGCUCCUGUGGCAUCGGUGGCGGCUCUAGCCGCAUCUCCUCCGUCCUGACUGGAGGAUCCUGCCGGGCUCCCAGCACCUAUGGGGGCAUGUCAGUCACCUCCUCUCGAUUCUCCUCUGGGGGAGCCUGUGGCAUUGGGGGCGGCUAUGGUGGGGGCUUCAGCAGCAGCAGCAGCAGCUUUGGGGCAGGCCUCGGUGCUGGUUUUGGUGGUGGAUAUAUGGGUGGCUUCGGUGCUACUUUGGGUGCUGGCGUCGGUGAGGGGCUCCUGGCGGGCAGCGAGAAAGUGACCAUGCAGAACCUCAAUGACCGGCUGGCCACCUACCUGGACAAGGUGCGUGCCCUGGAGGAGGCCAACACUGACCUGGAGGUGAAGAUCCGGGACUGGUACCAGAGCCAGAGGCCCACCGAGAUCAAAGACUACAGCCCCUACUUCAGGACCAUUGAGGAGCUGAAGAGCAAGAUCAUUGCAGCCACUCUGGAGAACGCACAGCCCAUUUUGCAGAUUGACAAUGCCAGGCUGGCAGCUGAUGACUUCAGGACCAAGUAUGAGCAUGAGUUGACCCUGCGUCAGUCUGUGGAGGCUGACAUCAACGGCCUGCGCCGGGUGCUGGAUGAGCUGACCCUGGCCAGGACUGACCUGGAGAUGCAGAUCGAGAGCCUCAGGGAGGAGCUGGCCUACCUGAAGAAGAACCACGAGGAGGAGAUGCUUGCCUUGAGGGGUCAGACUGGUGGGGAUGUCAAUGUGGAGAUGGACGCGGCCCCUGGCGUGGACCUGAGCCACAUCCUGAAUGAGAUGCGAGACCAGUAUGAACAGAUGGCAGAGAAGAACCGCAGAGAUGCCGAGGCCUGGUUCCUGAGCAAGACUGAGGAGCUGAACAAGGAAGUGGCUUCAAACAGUGAGCUGAUACAGAGUGGUCGCAGCGAGGUGUCUGAGCUCCGCAGAGUGUUCCAGGGCCUGGAGAUUGAACUGCAGUCCCAGCUCAGCAUGAAAGCCUCCUUGGAGAACAGCCUAGAAGAGACCAAAGGCCGCUACUGCCUGCAGCUGGCCCAGAUCCAGGGCUUGAUCAGCGGUGUGGAGGAGCAGCUGGCUCAGCUGCGCUGCGAGAUGGAGCAGCAGAGCCAGGAAUACAACAUCCUGUUGGACGUGAAGACCCGUCUGGAGCAGGAGAUCGCCACUUACCGCCGUCUGCUGGAUGGCGAGGAUGCCCACAUCUCCUCCUCGCAACACUCAUCUGACCAGUCCUAUUCUUCCAGAGAAGUCUUCUCUUCAUCCUCCCGCCAGCCCCGGUCCAUCCUCAAGGAGCAAGGCUCAUCCAGCUUCAGCCAGAGCCAAAGCCAGAGUUCCAGGAACUAA